AUUAUUCCUCAAGCGAUUACACCCAAAGAAGAUCGCGGCGUUAUUGGCGUAUGGAUGCCUUAUCUGGAAGGGGCUUCUUUAGAUGACUUUGACCAGUACAUUAAGCUUGUUGAAAAAGAACUCUCUAAGAUUAAAGAAGCACAUAGUUACCUCACCUUUUCAGGCGCUUGGGGUGCUCAAGUUGUUGUUCCGUUAAAGCUUUGGAGUCAACGCAAACGAAGUGCCGAAGAAAUUGUAGAGGAGCUAAGAACAAACAUUAAGAAAGUGCCCACAAUUCAAGCCUAUCCUUGGAACUGGGAUACAGGCAUUCCUGGUGUAGAACAGGCUUCCGCCAAAGAUAGUGGCUUAACAGCCCAAUUUCUCACCAUUGGUGAUUAUGAAGAUUUAAGCAAAAUCAUGGAAACCUUACGUAAAACUUGUGAAGAUGAAGAAAUUUUUAAAGAUUGUUAUCAUAACCUACGUUUUACCUCCCCUGGAUUCAAGGCCAUCAUUAACCGAGAAAAAUUGGCCCAAACCAAUUUAGAACCUCAACAGGUUUCUGAUGUCCUCUCAAUCAUGAUGGACCAAAACCUUCAUCUAGAAUUUUCCAAAGACGGCCUUCGUUAUCCAAUCACCUUACAUUCAAAUGAUUUGCCUUAUCACUUAGAAGAAAUUUAUGCUUUCAAUAAAAAAGGCGUUCGCUUUCCGCUAUCUUAUUUUAUGACUCUUGAACAAACUGCCCAACCUAAAGAACUUACCCACUAUAACCAGUUCCGUGCCGCAAAAUUAAAUGUGUCUUUUGAUUCUGGCGUCAAACUUUCCGAAGGAAUUCAAAAGCUUACAAAAAUAAUUCAAGAAGUCGUUCCUGGAAAUAUACAAUAUGAGUUUACAGGAGCAGCAAAAAAACUAGAAGAAUCUUCCGCAAUGAUGUUGCUUCUUAUUUUUGUGGCUCUCCUCUUUGUUUAUGCCAUUCUAGCGAUUCAGUUUGAAAGCUUUUCUGACCCCUUCAUUAUCAUGUUUACAGUGCCUCUUGCUGUCUUUGGAGCCCUUCUUUGCCUCUACGCCUUAGGACAUACCCUUAAUAUUUUUACACAGAUUGGGUUGGUCACCCUGAUUGGACUUAUCACAAAGCAUGAGAUUCUCAUUGUUGAGUUUGCAAAACAAAAAAUGGCACAGAAUAAAAAAGAAAAUAUAGGAACGAUUAUAAAAGAAGCUGCUUCCCUUCGAUUAAGACCUAUUUUAAUGACCACAGGGGCCAUGGUUUUUGGAGCAAUUCCCCUCAUCCUUUCCUCAGGCGCGGGUGCAGAAGCACGUCAAGCUAUUGGUAUUGUCCUU